CCAUACCCAUCUUCACCCCACCCCGUGUCCUCUACUGGUAGUUCCGUUCGAUGCUGCGAGCAACAGACCCGCCAUUCCGUCCAAGAAAACCAGUACGGCCAAAAUUCAACAGGCUGUUUGUGCGGAAGGACACCGGCAGCUGGUAGUAUCGUAAGACCUCAAGGGGCCUACUUCAACUUAUGCCACCACAUUUGUCAAAAAUGGUGACGUGCAGAAAAUAGGUCACCAAACCCGAGGGAAGACAAUCCAACUCAGAUGUCUAUCAGGAGGCGGGGCAGAUUACUCGUGGACAACUCUAAUGCGACACAUGAUGUGAUACGAUCUGGAUGGAAUUAUGGGCCCUGAAGGCUGGAGCUCGCGCCGCUGUGUUGCGGCAGCACUGCUCAAAUUUGCCGAUUUCGUGCACUGACGUCACAACCUCAUCUCGCGCUAUGUAGAUUGCAGGGGACGAUAAUCCUGUAUAGGCUACUGUCCCUGGUUUAUCUUCUCCUGAUUUAGAAUCUAUUAUACAUUACAUUAUAUGCACAGAUCGCAAUGACGUUCAAGGACGAGUUCUAUACUCAGGACCUCCUUUUAGUGGCACUCUGCGCGUGCUUACUUCCGGUGGUCGUGACCUUAAAUCUGGACGGUUCCCCGGGGUCAUACGUCAAGUACCCUCCAUGGGAACCGUGUUUAAACGGCUCUUUUUCCUUCGAGUUCAAGACAAGGGAGCAAAACGCACUUCUGCUGUACUUGAACAAGGGAGAGUACCUGUUCUUUGAAAUCAAAGUUUACAAAGGCGGAGUCCGCCUCAGGGUGAAUGUAGGAGAAGGGACUCUAAUCCUCCGAGCAGGUGAGAACUUGGAUAACAACGAAUGGCAUUCCGUGGAAGUCCGACAAGACGGGGAGAUGACCUACCUGUCGGUGGACGGCAGGGAGCAGCAGAAGAAGUCCCCAGGACUGCUGCAAUAUUACGGGCACGUGACCAGCAACGAUACGUUCCUGGUCAUCGGCGGGCUGCCCAUCGAAUACGAAAGCAAGAAGUUCAAAUCCUUAGCCCUGCCUUCCGUUAUAUUUGAGCCUCGGUUCAGGGGCUCCAUUCGGAACCUUUUUUACCGGACUUGUGGGGGAGAGUCAAUCCGGCCGCAGCCCAUCGAGUCCAGCGGCCUGCUGACCAACGAAGUGGACCUCUGCGAGCGAGGGAACCCGUGCCUGAACGGGGGAAAGUGUUUGACCACGGACAAUGGCGUGCUGUGUAAUUGUGCUAGCACUGAAUACAAGGGUGACCGAUGUGAGCUACAGAAAGUUCCGUCGGAUGCUACUUUCCUGGGCACCCAGUACUUCUCCUAUAAUCUAUCCAGUAAAGGGGACGGCUUGGUUAGCAACCAGGAUAUGAUUAUGUUGGAUUUCCGGACGAAGCAACCCAGCAGUUUAUUGUUUUACACAGGCAACGCCAAGGAUUACAUUACGGCCGGACUGAUUGAUGGGGGCGUUUUCCUGACCGUCAACCUAGGCUCCGGCCAGUUCGAGGUCAACAUUCGUCCGGCAGACGCGAGGUUCGACGACAAUCGAUGGCACCAGCUGGUCAUACGAAGAGAUGCGAAAGAGCUAACUAGGGACAAAGGUGUUUGUUACAUAAGUGUUGAGUUAGAUGGUAUGUACAGAGAAACUGGAAGUACUUCUGGAAUAUAUGUGAGGCUUUCAAGUAAUGUUUUGUACGUCGCCGGCAGUCCUCACACAUCAACCCUGGCAGGCUCUCGGGUGAAGACCAACUUCAAAGGGUGCCUGAGAAAAGUCAGAUAUCAAGCAGAUAGCAUUAGGAUAGAUUUGACAGAACUGGCUCGCAAGGAACAUGGGCUUUUGGAUGUUGUGGGGGAAGUCAUAUUUGACAAAUGUCAGGAGUUGGUGGAAUCUCAGCCAGUGACGUUUGCCACUCCAGAUGCUUACCUAACUGUCCCAACGUGGGACAGGUCAAGUGGUAUUCUCUUUUAUAUAUUUGACAGCAUGCGAGGGAGCUUGGCAUUUCAGUUUCGUACUGUAGAGCCUGGGGGACUGUUGAUGUAUAGCAAUGGAGAUAGAGACAGCAAGGAUUUCUUUGCGCUAGAGCUGCUGGACAGUCACCUGUACCUGAUCUGGGACAUGGGAUCUGGGAUUCAAAAGAUACAAGCCAGCAAAGUUGCAGUGUCUGAUGGCAACCCCCAUGAUAUUUAUUUUGAGUUUUAUGAAAACAAAGGCUACAUAUCCGUAGAUGGCAUCAAGGAGCUGUUUGAAUCCAAGAAAUACUCUGACAGAUUUGACCUGCAUGGGCAUCUGUACGUUGGGGGCCUGGAUCCAGAGAUCAAUGUUAGUAGCCUCCCCAGAGAACUGUGGGCUGUGAUGCUUGGUCUUAACUACAUUGGCUGCUUGCAAGAUUUGGUUGUCAAUGGCAACCAGGUGGACCUAAUGGCAGCAGCAAAGCUUCAAAAUAAGACUUCUGUAAUGGGGUAUUGUAGAAAGAUGCCCGCUCAGUGCACCAGCCACCCAUGUAAUCAUCAAGGUAAAUGCAUUGAGGGCUGGAACAGAUUCACAUGUGACUGCAGAGCCACUGGCUAUACUGGAUCUGUGUGUCAGACAGCUGAUUUGACCCUGCGUUUUGAUGGUACACAGUACCUGAAAGUCACUCUGGCCACAGAGAGCAUAACUCAAGCAGAAGACAUCUCAUUGAGAUUCAGGUCAAUGCAUCCCUCAGGGCUUCUCUUUUUCACCACAGGAAAAAAUGAAGAUGGCAUGGAACUCUAUCUGGACAGUGGAACUCUAGUUUUAUCUAUCAGAGUGGAGGGUGGUGUAAAGACACUGACUGCUGGGCAUACUCUGAAUGAUGACCGCUGGCACACUGUGUUUAUCAAGAGAAGAGUUCACACUGUAGAACUGACCAUUGACCAGGAGAGACCCGUCACAGAUAAGAUUCCAGGCAGCACAUUUUCAUUGGCCACAUCCAGAAUCUAUGUCGGCCAUGUCACACCAGCCGUGCCCAAUGCUGACCUGCCAAGUCAGGCCAAGGACAUAGCACUGCGCAGUGUGGAGGCUGGACACAUGGUGCAAAAUGAUGAAGGUACCUCAGGGCGACAUUCUGGAUUCAUUGGUUCUAUGCAAUCUUUUAUCUUCAAUGGGAACCAUUUGUUCCAAAUGGCCCAGUCAGGAUCAAAAGACAGUAUUGAAAUAUCUGCUCGGUUUAGUUCUGAUGAGCAGGUUGUGCGUGAGCCAGUGACAUUCAAAUCUGAAGAUGCCUUUGCCAUAUUGCCUCGAUUGCAAGUGCAUGAAAAAUUCUCUAUAUCCUUCCAGUUCAAGACCACAGAGAGUGAUGGGCUUAUAUUUUACAAUGAUGGCACUGGACAGGAUUUUUUUGCCAUGGAGCUGUCUCAGGGCUAUAUGUACUAUGUAUACAACAUGGGGGAAGGCCCAGAGAAGAUCAAAGCUAAUGUGAACCAACCUUUGAAUGACAAUAAAUGGCAUGAGGUCAGGCUGCUGAGAACAGAGACUACGAAGCAGCUUUUGCGAGUAGAUGACAACACGCCCACAAUUGAUGACCUCACAGGGGCUAAGAAUAACAAAUUUGAUUUGAGUGGUCCCCUUCAUGUGGGUGGCCUCCACAAGGUGAAGUUCCCCUCCUUGCCCAAGCUUAUCUCAUCCCAGCAUGGCUUUGUGGGGUGUCUGGGAUCGCUGGACCUCAAUGGAUAUCUGCCCAACUUGUUGCAACAAGCAAGCUACAUUCAUGAAGGAGUUGGCGAUGGGUGCAGAGGUCCAAUGACUAAAUGUGUAAAUGAUUCUUGUGCCAAUCAAGGAAGAUGUGUCCAGCAGUGGACAUCCUACAGGUGUGACUGUGAUAUGACAUCUUACACUGGACCAAUGUGUAAAGAAGAGAGUGUCUCCUACAAGUUUGGGCCUGGGCCUGGUUUAAUGACCUUCACCCAUCCUGAGGGUCAACAACCAUCCACUAACUUUGAAACUUUGGCCUUUGGAUUUCAGACAUUUCAGGACAAUGCUAUCCUCCUCCGAGUGGACAGUCAGAAUUUUGUUGGGGACUACAUUCAACUGGAGCUGGACAAAGGAUAUGUUUUCUUAAUCUACAACAUGGGCACUAUUGACCAUCCACUGGGCAACUUUUAUCAAAAGGUCAAUGAUGGGAGAUACCAUGUGGUCAGAUUCACAAGACAUGGACCUAACGCAACAUUACAAAUAGAUUUAGAAAUGCCACAGGUGAAGAACCCUACAGUCUUUUCUUUUGAUGAGGAAAUAAACACUAUGAUACUGCAAGGUCAACAGAGUCACACGUUUAAUAAUCAAGCUUAUAUACGAAUUGGAGGCAAGAAGGAAUCCAAUGGCAGCAUCACAAGACAUUUUGAAGGCAUCAUUUCAGGUCUGGUACUGAAUGGUGUACACAUCUUUGAGUUGGCUAAACAACAUGAUCCAAAAGUCAAACUGGAAGGAAAUAUUGCUUUAAAUAUACAGGCGCAGCCUUCAAAGGUCCUUGACAGUGAAGAUGAAAUGCAAUCCACUCAAGGGAUUUCACUGCAAAGAGACAACAGUUCCCAUCACCAUGGUGACAGUCUGGUCAGUACUGCCAGCAGAAAUUCAAUGGGUGAUAUUUAUCAUGAACAGAAUGUACCCCUCAUACGGAAAAAGCGUGAUUUGGUGCCACCUGAGGACUGGACUGAGUGGACUUUUGUACAGGUAAACAGGAAACAACAGAAAGACCAGUCUGCUAGUGUAGAGUCAAUGAAUGAAGUCAGUCAAAUAGGGCCCACACCCAGUAGGCUCCAUAAUGAAUUGGAACAGCAGAGAAAGAAGGGUGGACUGAAAAGGAUGAGCAAAAACCAUCAGAAAAAUUCGGCUCAACGUCGGUCCAAGCCUAAACACCAAUCUAAGUGCCAAUACAGUGGAGGGUCUUUACAGCCGAAUGAGAAAGAUAAGCUAACAGCUGUUCAGUUUGUGGAGGCUGAAGAGAUGGAACACUCCAUUUUUGAUGUGUCAGCUGGUCAUGAAUAUGAAUUAGGUAACUUGGAAGAAGGGAGGAGCCUGGAGCUGGAUGAUACCACUGAGGAUGAUGUCAAAGAGGAAGGCAGCGGCUAUGAUGGGGACACUUCCCAUGACACGGCCAGGCAGGAAAAUGACACCAAGCAAACAUCGCACUACAGGCUGGAUUAUUUUCAAGGGGACAGACUCCCCACGACCUUGCCCUACUCUGGCCUGACACACCACAUCCUCCAUGACGUGACUACUGGAGGCAUCAGGAGAAUGGAAUGGGAUUACUAUAGAUCGCACACAACAGCAAAGGAAGGAGUUACUGAUGACAUCAUCUCUACAGGACCAGGCUCUGGAUGUCAGUUCGAUGAUGAGGAUGACUGCUCGGGCAUUAGUUCUGGCAAUGAGGAGGAAAUAAUCACUGCAGUUGUCAUCAUUAAAACAACGACCAGUCCUCCCACAACUACCACCAAAAAAGCUCCUCCAUGCGAGGGGCCACACUGUGAGUCAUCCACUAAACAUGUUGACCUGAAGACACCCUCCACUCCUAACAUCGACAUCAUCUCUGACCCAGAGCAUGACAAUAUGCAGGACCAGAUGACUUCUGAACCUGGCUCAGCUGCUGAUGGGGAUAAGGAUGAUGACACUGGCAUUAAUUUAGGUCUUAUUCUGGGUAUCACUGGAAGUGUCCUAGUUGCCGUCAUUGUUCUCUGUAUAGCGCUGUGUAAACUUAGAAGCAGGGAUGAAGGGACUUACAAAGUGGAUGAAACUCAAAACUUCUCUGCUCUCUUGUCCAAAAAAAAUCAAGGCAAUGGGGCAGUGGCUUCAGGAAGUGACUCAGGGACUGGCAAGAGGGGCAAGAAGAAAGAUGUGAAAGAGUGGUACGUUUGAUGACAUCUAGUGGUACAUUUGAUGACAUCUAGUGGUACAUUUGAUGACAUCUAGUGGUACGUUUGAUGACAUCUAGUGGUACAUUUGAUGACAUCUAGUGGUACAUUUGAUGACAUCUAGUGGUACGUUUGAUGAUGUCUGAGAGGAGAGAACACAGCAAGGUCCAUGCUUCAGAAAGCCACAAGACAGAAUUGUGACUCAGUGCAAUAGAAUGUUGUUUUUUCUUUCCUUUGUCCAUAACUGUUGUCUACAUAGCAAACAAUUAAACACUUCUCAGUGGACUUACUUCAAAGCUGAUUUUCCAACUGUGUCACUUAUAAGUUGUGUUAGUUAAAUAAUCUACAGACUGAACUUUGUCUAAAUGUUUGCUGAAGACAGUUGGUUACAUGUACAUUGUAGAGAAACAUUGCAUAGAGUUUCUAUUUGAUUCAUUACACAUAGUAAUACUUGAAUUGUUGGACUCUGCCAUCUCAUUACGUUUUUGUUUCACUAAUAUGUUGUUGCUUUGAGAUGGUUGCAGAGGAGAGGGACUUCUGGGAGAACACAAUGUGUACAAAUAUGUCAUGAAGUUGAUUCAGGUAUGCUUCUAAGGAGUUGGGUUAUGAAGAAAGACAAGUGCAGCCAAGAGAUGUUCCCAACACUAGCUAGUUCUAGCAUUAGGGAAAAUGUCCAGCAACCAUAUCAGCUCUUAGUUAUAUGUAUUUAUCUUUUGCAGCCUACAUAACAUCAUCUGGCCAUAUUAGAGUGUGAGAGGCAGUUGUGAAAGAAAAAUAAGAUGGAUUAUUUUGUAAUACAUAAUAAUGCUGCUAGCUUUGAUUAGCUGGCUAUGUUUCAUGGUGCUCGCUUGUCUGUUUAUUGGAUGGAUUAUUUCACUUGCAUUUGUUUCUGUAAUUAUAACAAUGAAUUUAUCUCAUUAGGCUUUCUUCCCUCACAACUGAAUUGUUUAUUCCAGCUUUGGUUUGUGUACAUUGUAAAAAAUAAAACUUGUUUGUACAUUUUAAUAUGAUCAUCUUUUCAAAUAGUUGAUGUCUUUAAAUGAACAAACACAUGAACUUAAACAUACUUUGUCAAAAGGUCUUAAUGAAAAUGUAAUUUAGAGUCCAUAGUUUAGAAGUAAAGAUGUCAGAGAAGCAUUAAUUACAAAGUGGCAGAAAUUCUUAUAGUUGAAGCUUUAAAUCAACCUGGCUCUGUACAUUUCAUUUCUAAUGGUAUGUCUGACCACAUGCAUGUAUUUUUUGUAACUAUUCAGUUAUUGUGCAUUCAUUUUUUACAUUGACCUUCUCUUUCAUAUGACAGAAAAAGAAGUUAACUUACAUCCAACUUUUUCACCAUCUGCUUGGCUGCCUGGAUGGCGCCUGGCCAUCUGUGCUCUGGACUGCCAUAUAGAUGGUAUUAGGUUCAAACCAUGCCUAGGGCAUCCUGCAAGGGGUUUGGGCUAGGAUGUAAUAAUCUUCAAUUCUGAAGGAACAUGUAAAUCAUGCAACAAACAAAAUAUUGAAUAAACAAAAUGGCUUUUCUCUUGAGAUCAGGAUGACCCUAAACUAAAUGGCCACAAUGAAUGACAUGAGCUUGGUAUCCAAGUCAGCCAUUAUAUCAACGUUGUGUCCAAACUUCCCAUAUGGGAUUAGUCCAUUAAGUCUCCUUCAUAGAGGCUCAUUGUAGAAUGACUGCAGGAUCAAGGGGUAUGCACUCCAGACUGUUCAAAUUUUGUCCACUGACAUCCUGCAGGGCUUCUGGGUAAUCAUCUUCAUUUCUGAAAAAAUGUCCUAAAUAUUUGGGGGAAAAAAAUAUAUCCAUGAACAUUAAACUGAUUUGCCCUUAAAUGAAAUAAGUCUACUUUCCCUGCAUCUCAAGGUAUAAAAAUAAAUACCAACUGACAGGCUAAGUUCUGUUUCCUCUUGAUGUUAUAGUAUUAUAAGAAAUAUAUUAUUUUAUUAUAUUUUAUGUUUGUUCUUCAAGUUCUGUGUACAAAUAAGUAUUGCCAUAUGAACAUGGGUUGUUCUCAUGAAUAUGAUGUAUGCCACAUUUGAUAACAACUUGUAAUGCCAGAAAAACAGUUUAUAUACUAACCAGACAUGAGAAUGUUAACAUUAAUUUAUGAAGAUGUAAAUUGAAGUUUAGAGAGUGAGACAGUACUUUCCAUUCAGGAUUUGAUUAUUUGAAAAUAAUUUGUUUUUAAUAUUACAAUAUUUCAAAAUGUCCACUUUGUACAUUAGCUGUAUCUCUAUUUUGUCUAGUCAUAGUGCAUGAAGGUGUUUCUCCUAAGAACAUUAUGCUUGUCUGUAUUCAUAUCUAACAAUGUAUAAUAUGUUCAUAGACAUUCAAGAUGAAAUGUCUGUUUCCUCAAGAUACGCCUGUUGUCUUUAUUUCCCCACUAGUUUGCCUAGAGACUAUUCAGCAAUAUAAAUUAAGUAUUGAUUUAACAUGUGAUGGACAGGUCUUAUGAUGCACAGACCUAGCUACUGUUUGCAGGUGUGUGUGUGUUUGCUGUAUCAGUUUGGUGUUGUAUCUGAAAAAUGUGUGUGUGAAUGUAUGAUGAUAAGGGUAUAAAUAUUAAAUAAAUUUUCACAAUGCAAUAGAAAUGAUCUUUUAAUUGGUGGACAAAAUUUAAAGACUUGAAGUUAGGAUCAAAGUUCUGCAAUUUUAUUUUUUGAGUAAAGGUUUACAAAAUUAUUUUUUUUUGAGUAAAGUUUUGCAACAUUAAUUUAUAGGACUUCAAACAAGUAAAAAAAAUUAUAUAUAUAAAUGUAUUCAACAUUUUAAAUCAAUUACACAUUUCCUUAUGCUCAUUUUUUUUUAUGCAACUUCAACUCUGUUUUCAAGGACAUCAUUCUAUUAUACAAAACACUUGUACUUAGAGAUGGAUUAGCUUUGUAAUGAACUCUGUUUGUUGUCAUUAUAGUUACAUUUGUUUUGAUUUGAUUGACAGCCCAGGAUAAGUUUGAGGAAAUAGUGAACUUCCUUGUGAAGCAAGGGCAUUAAAUCAGUGUCUUGAAAACAAUUUUAAUUACCUUUCAAUUAUUAGAAAUCUAAAAUUGAUUAAUUUGGUUAUUGGAGUUUGAUAUAAAAUAUUUGCACAGCAAACAUUAAAGGAAUUUUAUCAAUAGGCUGUCUGUCAAGCUGCUAACUAAAAGAUAAAUGUCCUAUUUUAAGCCAAUGUUAUGUCACAUGGUGUAACCUGACCAGAUAUUGAUACAGAGCCCAUUUAUAAGAAAGUUGUUUUGCAAAAUUUAAACCAGACAUUCAAUAUUUAAUCUACUGGACACUGUAUCUAGAAAUCUUUUCUGGCUUCAAUACAGUUUUGUUGGCCAUGUUCUCUUGGUUUAAUUCAGAACAAUUUUGCUGGCAUUGUAACACACAUUUGAAAAUGAAAAGACUGUAUGAAGAUGUAUGCAUUGAAGAAUUUAGUUCUUUUUUCCUUACCAUUUUUCUUGCCUUCAGGCCAUUAACAAUUUUUUUUUAUAAUAAUAUCAUUAUAAUCAUAGAACUGAAUUAUAUGUAGUCAAAUAUGUAAUGACUCUCUUUGAUCAUGUGAAGGGGAGACACAAUUAACUAAGCAACAAAAUAACUUGUAGACUUUUUGACAUUUCUUUAAGCGAUGAAAUUGUUGGAAACAUCAAAAUUUAUUUCUCAUCUUUUCCUUAAAAUUUAUUUUUUAGUUUAAAUUUUGGGAUCAAAGAAUUAUAGGAUGACUGGCUCUUUUAAUUACAGUUUGUUUCAUUUUUUUUUUAUAUUAUAUAUUGUAUGGAAGCCUGUCUGAUUUGUGAUAGUGUUUCACUUCGAAGAACAAAACUAAUAGAAAUCGUUCCCUUUCUAGAGAAGAAUUUUGUUUGAAUUUUUUUUUCUUUACACUGUACUUUAACAAACCAAGAUUAGUAUGACAUUAGUUCAUGUCACCACAUACCAGGUUAAGUAUGUGUACAUGCCACCACAUAAUGGGUUAAGUAUGUGCACGUCACCACAUAAUGGGUUAAGUAUGCGUACAUGUCACCACAUACCAGGUUAAGUAUGCGUACAUGUCACCACAAACCAAGUUCCAUGUUGCUUUUGUUCAAUCUUAUUUCUAAUUUGGCUCAUAAUUUAAUGUACUUGUAAAUAAACCUAACUAUAUUCCUAGCCAGACACAUGUCUGUACCUACCUAGGCAUUUUUUUUAUUAUCUUGUUCUCAUGGUUCUUGUUCUGCUCCGUUUGGUGAUUUGUCCAAUUGGCUUGUAAUUUAUCUCAAGUGGGUCGCCAUGUUGCUAAGGAAACUUUCAUUGGUUCAAUGUGUUAUGUUUAAAUUUCAUUGUCCUUGUACUUACAGAUUGGUGAAAGUUUGUCUCAAUGUUUAUAGUGUAGGAAAUACUUGAGAUCAUCUCUGUGACCUCAUGACCUGAUUAACAUAUUUAUUCUUAACAUACCAUAGCAAAGUAGAUGUCCUUUGUAUUAGAUUCUACUUGCUUUGUAUUGAAACUCUUGAGUUGAAAUGUUCAUUCAUAGCUCUAGCUCUUGGCAUUGCAGUCUAGAAAGUUAACAACCGUAGUGGCUGAAAUUUGUAAUGAAGUGUGUAUACAUGUUCAUUGAUUUUUUCAGAAUAAAAUUAUUUUUUUCUUUUUUAAUUGAAAAUCAAAGACAUUAUUUAUUCAUUAUGCUGUGUAUAUAUAUAUAUAUAUAUAUAUAUAUAUAUAUAUAUAUACUAACUUAGACUUUCACUUUAAAAAUGUUACUGGUGAAUAAUUAAGACAAAUCAAAUUUCUAUUUUAGAAAGUUCAUUAAUUAUGCUUCUGUUUGCUAUCUCUAGUGUGUAGUCAUGUGACUUUGUAGCAGCCAAUGUGUUAGUCUGAUUUUCUUGCUUGCUGAAGUUUUUUUUUUUUUUUUUUGUUUGUGGAAGUGAGGCUGUAUUUAUAUGGGUCAGGUGCAAUUGUUAUGUCUUCACAAAAUUAAAGUUUCUGUUUAUCUUUUUAAACAA